AUUGCGACUCGCCUCACGCUGAUUCAAAAGAGAAGCUCUACGUGUAGCGAAAAUUAAAGAUUUCCCACGAAAAAAGGCCAAUUUCAGUCGUAAUUUUGUAAAUUUUAUAGCAAAUUGUCGUUGUAGUCGAGAAAAGUGAACAAAUUGACAGGAAAAUGUCCGCUAUGCAACCAGAAUAUGAUUACUUGUUCAAGUUGCUCUUGAUCGGCGAUUCGGGCGUCGGAAAAUCCUGCUUGCUGUUGAGAUUCGCCGAUGACACAUACACGGAGAGCUAUAUUAGCACAAUUGGAGUAGAUUUUAAAAUACGCACCAUUGAAUUGGAAGGAAAGACCAUAAAAUUGCAAAUUUGGGAUACAGCAGGACAAGAGCGCUUCCGUACAAUCACUUCGUCCUAUUAUCGCGGCGCCCAUGGCAUUAUUGUGGUUUUUGAUUGCACAGAUCAGGAAUCCUUCAACAACGUCAAACAGUGGUUAGAGGAAAUUGAACGUUAUGCAUGCGAGAAUGUCAAUAAAUUAUUAGUAGGCAAUAAGUGUGACUUACAAGCCAAGAAAGUUGUUGAUACAGCAACCGCUACGGAAUACGCAAAUCAAUUGGGAAUCCCAUUCCUCGAGACAUCGGCAAAGAAUGCAACAAACGUCGAACAGGCUUUCCUUACCAUGGCUGCUGAAAUCAAGAAUCGCGUUGGACCAUCGAGUGCUGCUACCGGCCCCGCGCAAAGUAUAAAUAUUACCCAAGGUAAAAAUGUGGAGCAAUCAAAGGGAGGCUGCUGUUAAUAACUUUUAACAGACACACACACACAUCAACAACUGAAGAACCCUUGUUUCCGCUUCUUGAUUUAAAAGAAAAAAAAAACAAAAAAAUUAAAUAAAAACCGACACACUUGCUUGACUCAAGAAUCAUUUAAAAAAAACCUACAUGAAUGGACAAUUCUAUAAUAAAUUCAAUAAAAGCUAAAAAAAAAAAAUAUUCAUAUAAAAUUAAGACAGAAAGAUUUUUUUCCAUUUUCUAAAAAAAAACACGCGCCUAACUUCAAAAAAAAAAAAAUUUUUUUUUCAAAUCAUCAGCAUUCUUCAAGAAUUCCAGCGCGAAAGAUUCGAUGAAAAAUUAAAAAAAUGAUGAAAAUAUUUAAAAAAAAAAUAAAUAAAUUACUAACGGUAAAAGAAUAUUAUUAGAAUU